CUUCCGAAGAGGACGCCAUGGUGCCUUCGAGGCUUCUCGCACUAGGACCGAGGACUGUGCCUGGCGGCGUGGGGCGCUGGACUCAGGUCCGGCUGUGGCCCCCUUCUCCCAGGCUGCUCUCAGACAGCUGUGGGGACCACUCCAAGCACCGGGAACCCCCCGGGAAGAAACUGCUCUCCGAGAAAAAACUGAAGAGACAUUUCGUGGACCACCGCCGAGUGCUCGUCUGCGGGGGCCGUGGCGGCGACGGGGUGAGCUGCUUCCAUAGCGAGCCCCGGAAGGAGUUUGGAGGCCCAGAUGGUGGCGACGGAGGCAACGGUGGCCACGUCGUCCUGAGAGCUGACCGGCAAGUCAAGUCGCUGUCCUCGGUGCUAUCUCGGUACCAGGGUUUCCACGGAGAGUCCGGUGGCAGGAAGAACUGCUUCGGGCGCAGCGGCGCCCCCCUCUACGUCCUGGUCCCAGUGGGCACGUUAGUGAAGGAGGGAAAGGAAGCCGUGGCUGACCUGUCGCGCCCAGGUGAGGAGUACAUUGCUGCUCUGGGCGGGGCAGGAGGAAAAGGUAACCGCUUUUUCCUGGCCAAUGAGAACCGCGCACCUGUGACUUACACCCCGGGGCGGCCCGGUCAAGAACGCGUCCUCUUCCUGGAGCUCAAGACGAUGGCCCACGCUGGAAUGGUUGGGUUCCCCAAUGCUGGGAAGUCCUCCCUCCUCCGGGCCAUUUCGAACGCGAGACCUGCUGUGGCUUCCUACCCGUUCACCACUCUAAAGCCCCACGUCGGGAUUGUUCACUGUGAGGACCACCAGCAGAUAGCAGUGGCCGACAUCCCGGGCAUCAUCCAGGGCGCGCACCAGAACCGGGGCCUGGGGAGCGCCUUCCUCAGGCACAUCGAGCGCUGCCCAUUCCUCCUGUUCAUCGUGGAUCUGUCGGAGCCGGAGCCGUGGACGCAGGUGGAGGACCUGAAGUUCGAGCUGGAGAAAUAUGAAGCUGGCCUGUCCGAGCGACCGCAUGUGGUCGUGGCGAAUAAGAUCGACCUCCCGCAGGCCCGAGCAGCUCUGCCCCAGCUGCGCGCCUGCCUGGGCCCGGGCGUCAUCGCCCUGUCGGCCGCAACUGGGGAGAACUUGGAGGCGCUGCUGCUGCGCCUGCAGGAGCUCCACAGCCGGCACGUGGGUGCCGAGCUCCGCUGGUAGCCACCAGGCCAUCGCCCAACAGUGACCACCCUGACGCGGCUCUGGGUGGAGAUAAGAAAGUUGCUGCUUUGCCUUGCGCUGUCCCUGGUGCUCCCUCCCCAGCCAGCGGGCCAGGACCUCGUACGUGUGGGACGUGUGCGCCUCCUGCUGAUCUGCUCCCCGCUGGGGCCUCCUGCACCUGCCAGCGUGCUGACCAGCUGCGCUGGGCUCCCCGCCCUUCCUCAGUACCUCUAAGUGGCGAGGAGCCCGUGGCCUUGCAGCUGAGCCGCCGGACUUGGUGGGGCCGAACCCUUACCUGCAUGCGGGACCCCGCACGGGAGGCACCGACUCCGGAUCCCUGACACUGUCCUCGCCAGUGCUGGCCGCGGUCCCAGAGGCCGUCCGCCCUACGGAGGGGACAUGAGGACGCUUGGACAGGGAGCCUUCCCAGCCGCAAGGCUCUUCUCAGAUGCCCCUGUCUGAGCAACGCAGUAGGGGCGACGCCUCCCGUGUUGUUCCCGGACUUGGCUGCUCUGUGCAGGAGCCGUUGGCUUCACGACUGAACGCACCCAAUAUCCGACCGGGGCCGUGCGAGUCAUUAGCUGAAGACCCAGGCGCAUGUCCCCACAUAAGUCUGCGGCUUCAGGCGUGUCCCUGGGGGCCCUUAAGAGACGGUGUGGUUGGGGACCAGGGGUAACCAGGGGAAGGGGCCUUGGGCCCUUUGGGGAUUUGCCCCCGGGUCCUUGCUGCCAGCUGCGAGCGUGCUGGGGGCUGGGCCUGCCUCAGACAAGAAGCUUGUGCCCGAGCUUUCAGGAGCCGUUCCGUUUUGAUCUACCGUCAAAUCUGCAACUAGAACGAGAAUCCUUUGCCUGAAGCUUUAUUUAAUGUCUUAUAAUUUCCGAAGGCCUUGUGUUCUAGAAACCAGAGAUGGAUUUUGCAAUCUCUUUGCUCUUUCUGGGGCCGCCACAAAGGAUUUCGUAGAGCCGUGUUAAUUAUCGUGGCCUUUCAUCUCCAGCCGGCCCCACGCCGGUGCUGCACCCGGGGGGCGACACUGGGGGCCUCCCUGUGUCUGUCCUGCGCUCGCCUGUGCCCCCAGCAGCCUCAGGACCAGACCCAGCUGAGGCACUGCUCAGUAUUUAUGGAGUGAAGAAAGGGAUGGUGUCUGAUGUUGUGUACAUGGUGAGUUUCUUUUAGUUAAAGGCACGUGUUUGGCGGGAAGAUUCGCUGAGCAGCGGAGGCCUGGGCGCCACCUCCCCUCCCGUCCCAGCCCCACCAGUGCCGCCGCUUCCAGCCAUGUCCGCAGGGGCCACUGAGGCCUGAGCCGUAGCUCCGUGUAUCUGCCUGAGGCACCGCCUGUUGACACCGCCCUCGGCUCGGGGACUCCACUCUCCCGCACUGCCACUCCGGCCGGCCGCGCAGGCGCUGUGAUGCGUGGCGCAUGAACCCCUGUCCCGCCCCUCACUUUUCUUGGAGCUGACCUCCAGCCUGGGUCUACUUGCCUCGUUUUCUCUCCACCUGGAUAUUUGUUUCUGUCCCGACGUCUGUCCCUUCCUGUCCGUUCCGUCUUGCAGACGCUCGGGCUCCAGUGGGCGUUUCCUUCCCUGUGCCCCUCCAGUCUGCUGUACCACGCAGGCUGCCCCCCAGUGUCUCCCUCCCUUGCUGUACUCCCACCUGUCGAGGUGGCUGUCACCCGGCUCUUCGCGGCCUUUCUGGAAGUGGGUGUGAAGAUGGGGACCUGAGCCGCAGGAGGCAGCAUUUCCCGCAUUCCCCCGUUUUUAAGCCCUAAGGCAUGGCACCCCGAUUUCCCCGGCUCCUGCGUCCACUUGCUCCAGAGGACAAGCCU